AGAUAUUAUACUAUAUAUAUAUAAUUCAACAUUCAGAAUUCUAACAGCAAGCUAGCUGAUCGAUCGAAUUCCGUAAACAGUUGUGAUAACUAAUUCGGAAUUCAGAUCGACUAAGGGAUCCAUAGACGAACACGAAUUAUCAUCUGUUGGAGAUCCGAAUUAAAUCUGGGAAUUAAACAAUUAAGCUCUUUAUUAAUUUUAUAGCAGUGGCCGGGGGAAAUAUAUAUAUAUAUAUGGAACUGUCUAACCCACAUGCUUUUGGAGCCAAAGGGGUAAAAAAGCCCACGCGUGACUUUCUUUCACUUUAUACUUCUGAGGAUCAGCAAGAUCCGAUCUCCAAUAUCCCAGAUGAUUACCUUAAAACUCAAGACUUCUUGCGACCACUGGAACACGUUGGGAAGGAUGUUGGCAAUGAAGGGUUGUCUGUUGAAAACUCGAAGUCUUAUACACCCCCAACAACGGUGGAGCAUAUACUUCCUGGGGGGAUGGGGACUUACAGCAUUAGUCACAUUUCAUACGUCAAUCAAAAUCAAAGCCAAAAGGCACCAAAGCCUCGGGGGAUUGUGAUAUCGGCUACACAAUCAAGUAGUAGCGAUAACAACGAUGAAAACUCAAACUGCAGUUCUUACACCGGGAGUGGUUUUACCCUCUGGGAAGACUCUAAUGUAAACAAGGGAAAGACAGGGAAGGAGAAUAUUACUGGAACUAGGCAUACUAUGAGAAAUGAGGGGAUGAAGAUUGGAAUGCCAUGGAUGACAACAAUGGAGCAGCCAUCACAGUCAUCAUCCAUCCAUAACCAUCCAAGCACAACCUUCAGUUCUCUCUCGUCCUCUCAUCCCACAUCAGCUCCUAAAAAUCGAUAUGUUGACACGCUGAAGUUUGGUAAAGGUGUUCAACAGGAGGAAGGCAAUGAUGAAGUGUUUGUAAUCAAGAAAGAGCCUACCUUCCAUAACAAAGGAGCUGUAAGAGUUAACUCUGCAAACCAUGAUCAAAAGCCUAACAGCCCACGUUCAAAGCACUCUGCUACAGAACAGCGAAGAAGAAGCAAAAUCAAUGACAGAUUUUCAAUGUUGAGAAGAAUCCUCCCCCACGGUGAUCAAAAGAGAGAUAAGGCAUCAUUUUUGUUAGAGGUUAUUGAAUACAUUCAGUUUCUACAAGAAAAGGUGCACAAAUAUGAGGAUUCGGGCCAAGGAUGGACCAACGAGCCUCCGAAGAAGAUCCUAUUGAAUAAUGGACCAACCAUCAACAUCGUUGACCAACCGCAACUUCCAACAAGCUCUCUUGAUGCUUUCAAGGAAACCGGGCAACACCCUGCAGCCUCUCAUAUACACAUUUCCACUAUUGACACAAUAACCACAGCCUCACAGGCUCAACCCCAAUUAUCUCAUAGCAGAUCAUGUAAAACCGACUACAGUAUUACAAGUGACAAGUUGAAAGAUCAAGAAAUGAUAACUGAAAGUGGGACAGUCAGCAUCUCAACCAUCUACUCCCAAGGAUUAUCUACUGCUCUAACGGAGGCGCUAAAGAGCUCAGGCGUGGAUCUAUCACAUGCCAGCAUCUCCGUAAAAGUUGAUCUUGGAAAAAGAUCAAAGAGUAGUACACUUGAUUCCUUACCACCUGAUCUCAAGGAAAACAAGACGCCUUCCAUUGAUCAAUCGUCGGUGCGUUCUGGGGGUGAAGGAUUUAAGAGGUUGAAGACUAGCAGAUACUAAAGAUGGUAUAACAAAUUCAAUUCAUUUUAUUUAUUUCAUCAUUCAUUGAUACUCUUUAACAUUAUUUAGGGUCAUUCAUACGUUGUUUUUGUGUUCAAGAUAUAAUAUAAUGUACAUGUGGUUUCUUUUCUAGUUACAAUUUUGUCCUCCAUGUUCCCAUAUAUACUAUUUGUAAUUGCCGUUUGUUAUUA